CAUCUCCGUGUCACCGACUCCGACUCCGUCUCUCCGCGCGCGGCUCCGCUUCUCCGCAUUAGAGCUCCUCCGCAGUCACGUGGCACGGCGGAGAGAGAGAGAGAGAAAGAGAGAGAGAGAGAGAGAGAGAGAGCGCAGCCCUCCUCUUCCUCCUCCUUCUCCGUUUGCAGCUCGUUCAUGCCUCUCAGAUUCGGCGCGAGACCUGCGGUGAACGGGAGCCCGGAUUGCGCGCAUUACAGUUUUUUUAUUUUUUAAAAUUUUCUUUUAUUUGCAAUCCCUGGACACUCCGCAUUUAAGGAUUAAAAAAUAAUAUACAUAAAUACAUACAUACGUAAAUAUACUGCGAGGGUGCAAACCUAACGAGCGAGCGCGUGAGGGAGGAUAAAACGCAAGAAACGCGUGGAUGCGCGGCGCGCGAGCGGAGAGGAUCGGAAAUGGAACUGCUGCUGGUGAUCUGCGUCGCGUUCGGUAUGCUGCGGUGCGACGGCGCGCGAGCGGACUCCAUCAUUCACAUCGGAGCUAUCUUCGAGGAGAACGCGGCGAGGGAUGACGAGGUCUUCCAGCUGGCCAUCUCAGACCUCAGUCUCAACGAUGACAUUUUGCAGAGCGAGAAAAUCACACACUCCAUAAAAUUUAUUGAGCCUAACAACCCCUUCCAGGCAGUUCAGGAAGCAUGUGAGCUGAUGACACAGGGUAUCCUGGCUCUGGUGACCUCGACCGGAUGCGCCUCGGCGAGCGCCCUGCAGUCCCUCACUGAUGCCAUGCACAUCCCUCAUCUGUAUAUACAGCGGAGCGACGACGGCUCACCUCGCACCGCCUGCCCCCUGAAGCCCAGCGCUGAUGGAGGACGCUACACGCUGGCUGCCAGACCUCCUGUACGCCUCAGUGACGUCAUGCUGGCACUCGUUGAUGAACUCCGCUGGCGCAAGUUCCUGGUCUUCUACGACAGUGACUACGAUAUCCGCGGACUGCAGGGUUUUUUGGACCAGACGGCGAGGCAAGGUCUGGACGUGGCUCUGCAGAGGGUGGACAGGAACAUCAGCAGUGUCUUCUCCAAUCUGUUCAGCAGCAUGCGUACGGAGGAGCUGAACCGCUACAGGGACACGCUGAGGAGAGCCAUUCUGCUGCUGAGUCCUCGUGGAGCACAGGUCUUCAUCCAUCAGGCCGUAGAAACCAACUUGGCCUCCAAAGACAGUCACUGGGUGUUUGUCAAUGAGGAGAUCAGCGACACUGAGAUCAUGGAGCUGGCUCACAGUGCUCUGGGCAGGAUGACGGUCAUCAGGCAGAUCUUUCCUCUGUGGAGAGACAGCAGUGUGAACUGCAUGAGGAACAGCCAUCGCAUCUCCUCUCUGCUCUGCGACCCUCAGGAAGGAUACCUGCAGUCGCUUGAGGUUUCCAACUUGUACCUGUAUGACAGCGUGUUGAUGCUAGCUAAUGCCUUCUAUAGGAAGUUAGAGGACAGGAAGUGGCACAGCAUGGCCAGUCUGAACUGCAUACGGAAGUCCACCAAGCCUUGGAAUGGAGGCUGGUCCAUGCUGGAGACCAUCCAGAAGGGUCGCAUCACCGGCCUCACCGGAGUCAUGGACUUCAUAGACAACGGAUCCAACUCGCACGUUCAGUUUGAGAUUUUAGGCACCAGCUUCAGCGAGACCUUCGGAAAAGACAUCAAAAGGUUAGCUACAUGGGACUCGGUCCACGGCCUUAACGGGAGUCUGAAGGAGAGUCGGAUUGAGAACGGCAUGCAGGGGGUCACAGUGAAAGUUGUCACACUGUUGGAGGACCCAUUUGUCAUGGUAGCAGAAAACAUUCUCGGGCAGCCCAAAAGGUACAAAGGAUUCUCCAUUGAUGUUCUUGAUGCCUUGGCAAAGAUCCUCGGCUUUAAAUACGACAUCUACCAAGUAGCAGACAGCAAGUAUGGCUCUCAGCUUCCUAACGGCUCCUGGAAUGGCAUGAUUGGGGAACUUAUUAACAAGAGAGCCGAUCUGGCUGUGUCCGCCAUCACCAUAACACCCGAGCGAGAGAAUGUAGUGGACUUCAGCAAGCGCUACAUGGAUUACUCAGUAGGGAUCCUGAUGCGCAAACCGGAGGAGAAGAUUAACAUCUUCUCGUUAUUUGCUCCGUUUGACCUCGCUGUCUGGGCUUGCAUCGCAGCAGCCAUUCCUGUGGUUGGAGUCCUGAUCUUCCUGCUGAACCGCAUGCAGUCACUGCGCUGCCAGAAUCCUGCAGGUGCCCCGUCCACCAUGUCCAACUCUUUACAUAGCGCUGUGUGGCUUGUUUACGGCGCCUUUGUAAACCAGGGCGGAGACACAGCGGUGGGUUCAGUGGCUUUGCGGAUCGUGAUGGGAAGCUGGUGGCUCUUCACCUUAAUCGUUUGCUCAUCGUACACAGCUAACCUUGCAGCGUACCUCACCGUAUCCCGCAUGGACAACACCGUACGGACAUUUCAGGACUUGGCGAGACAGGUGGACUUAGAUUACGGGACGGUGAGGGACUCGGCGGUGUAUGACUAUUUCAGGGCCAAGGGCACAAACCCCCUGGAACAGGACAGCACAUUCGCUGAGCUGUGGAGGACCAUCAGCAAGAACAAUGGGCAGGAAUACUCUGUGUCCAGUCCAUCAGAGGGUAUACGCAAGGCGAAGAAAGGCCCGUAUGCCUUCCUCUGGGACAUGGCUGUGGUGGAAUACGCAGCGCUGACGGACGACGACUGCACCGUCACCGUGUCAGGCAACAGCAUGAGCAGUAAAGGUUACGGCAUCGCGCUCCAACAUGGCAGCCCUUACAGAGACCUCUUCUCCCAGAAGAUCCUGGAGCUGCAGGAGAAGGGUGACCUGGAUGUUCUGAAGCAGAAAUGGUGGCCUCGUCAGGGUCGCUGUGACCCGGGCAGCCAGCGGGCGGCGCCGACUGAUGGUCGCUCACUCAAACUGCACAGCUUCGCUGGCGUCUUCUGCGUGCUGGCCGCCGGGCUCGUGCUGGCCUGCCUGGUGGCCGCCCUGGAGACCUUCUGGAGCAGCAGCAGCAGCCACUGCCGGCGAGAGCAGCCCAAAGAGGUUACUAAGGAUUACAGAGUGAGAAGGGUUUCAGAUCCAUUGAGAUAUAAUGAUAUUGCUACUGCUUCAUCGGAGGGGAGCAAGGACAUUUGGACAGACAGAGAGAGAGACUGGGAUGAAACAGAGGCUAUUGACACAGGACAAGGAGGUGAACCUGGAGCAGGUGCAUCGGCGCAUGAACAGUCUCAUAGACGAGGACAUGGCGCACAAGCAGAUCCCCGGGCCAUCUAUCGAGAUCUCUGCCCUGGACAUCGGUGGCAUGCAGCCGGGCCAGGCGGCACGGGAAGCUGGCCGGGAUUUCGCGGGCACGGCUCUAUCCGUGAGCACCUUCCUGCCAGAGCAGGCCCAUGGAGUGGGCAGGACACUGGCGUCAGGGCCUGGCACUGCGCUCCCCCUGGCCCUGGGCAGCUCCACCAUGCCCUCCUCCAUCCAGUGCAAACACAGGGCUCCCAACGGGGGUCUCUUCCGGCAGAGCCCCGGCAAGACCCCCAUGCCAAUGCCCUACCCACCAGUGCCAGGAGGACCCAUCCCCGAAGCCAUUGAACCCACCCACAGCACGUCCAUCUGAGGCCACCAGGGGCAGCUUUCCUGCGGGAAGAGGCGGGUCGUUGCUGUACCGCUGGGAUUGUAAUGUAUAAAAAGAACAAAGAAAAAAAACACAAACACACACACACACACACAUACACACAUGUAAGGGUGGAGGAGAUUUUUAAUAUAGAUACAAAAAACAAAAAAGAUCUUUUCUUGUAAAUAUUUGUAAAUAACAAAAGAGCGAAGUGAGUUAAAGUGUAUUUUGAAUAUUCUCAAUUUUUGGAGUUGAGUUACAAAAACAAAACGAAAACGAACAAAAAAAAAAAAGAAGAAGAA